AUUCUCUACUUUUUCGUCCUCAUCCAUCCGCCAUCGCCCAUCCAACCACUGAAACGACCAUCAAAAGGAGAACCUGUUUUAUUAUCUCUCUCCUUUUUUUUCUUUUUUUCUUCGCAACGCUACAUCCAACUUCGUACGCAUUGCAUCAUUCAUCGCCAGCCAGCGAGACUUUUGUUUACGUCGCUGGUCUGCAUUAACAUCGCGACCGAGUCAAGGCCGACCCCGAGUCGUCCUGUCAAAGCGACUGUCAACAGACUUUUUUUCUCCUUCAAACCUCAUAAUUCUCUGCCAUAGCCAACUAUUCCGUUGGUAUCAACCUAAUUAAGUACAUUCCACGCCAUUUCGACCACGUUUUACCCUCGCGACCUGCCAUAUCGCGUUCCGACCGACAAGCUUGCGUCGUUCGAUUGCCAAGUUAGAUAUCUCACUUUCCAGACAACUUAACAUCCGCCAUCAAAUCCUACACACAAUGUCUGCCGGAAAGCUUGACAAGUCUCUCGACGAGAUCGUCUCGUCCCAACGCCGCACAGUCGGUCGCCGCGGCGGCGCCGCCCGUCGGUCCACUGGCCGUCCGGCUCCCGCUGCCCCAGUCGGCGGUAUCCACAAGAACACCAGAGCCGCUCGCAGCGCUGUCCAGAAGCCGGCGCCUGCUAAGUCCUCUGGGGCUCCCGGAACCAGCAAGGUUGUUGUCAGCAACAUGCCUAAGGACGUGUCCGAAGCGCAAAUCAAGGAAUACUUCGGUCAAUCCGUUGGACCCGUGAAGAGGGUCGAGAUCUCAUACGGACCUGGCGGAGUUAGCCGUGGUAUCGCUACGGUUACUUUCGCCCAUGCCGAUGGUGCCAGCAAAGCUUUUGCGGAGCUGAACGGCCUUCUUAUUGACAACAAGCCAGUCAAGGUGGAGGUUGUCGUUGCGUCUGCCGACCAGAUCCCCGCCCCCAAGACCCUGAGCCAGCGGGUCACGCAAAACAAGGCGCAGCCCAAGUCUGCUGCAACCGACAAGCGAGGUGCCACUGCUGGUAAAGGUGCCGGUCCUCAAGCCAACGGCGCAAAGGGUGCGAAGAAGGCUGCCCCGCGGAAGGGUCGCAACGCACGCCCGGCGAAGAAGACAGCUGAGGAGCUUGACUCCGAGAUGGCUGACUAUUUCCAGGGUGGCGAGACCAACACAGAGGCAGCAGCCAACGGAGCCGCGCCCGCAGCCACCAAUGGUGGCGAUGCUGCUAUGGAGGAUGACAUCUUGUAAAUAAGGUCUCCAAGGUUUAUGUCAGUUGGGGUUCUUAUCUUGGCGGCAGCCAGGAGUAGGAAACCAUUCGCAUCCCGCAGAUAUUCUUCCAUUACUUAUUUUUAUGGGGCUCACGUCUUUUCUCGGUGGCCCCGCAGGACAGGAUGGUCUUUGUAAGGAGUGUUUGGCCUCUAGUUUCCUUGCUUGGUUGCACGAUGGUUCUUCUCUUUUUUUUUCUUUUUUUUCUUAACCAGCGACGUAAUGUACAAAUAAAUUUCGAUGCGAUGGUACCCAACGACCUCUAAUAUACGGCGCCCUCGGACGAUCCAGGUGACUGCCCAGUCCUCUUGAUGAUCUGCGUCGGUACACC